AUGGAUGGGGUAAUCAGAUUCCCGGGUUCCUUCGACUGGAGCGAACCUGAUCGUAUUCAUGCUAUUCUCAAGAUUUCGUCAUUUUCCCCAUUCUUUCACACACCAGUUCCGCAAGGGAUUGUGAUACAUACCUUCGUAGUUUCGGGAAAGAUAUCGUUCACGCAGGGCAGUUGGUUCAUUCACUCUGGAGCUUCUCCUCUUCAUGUAGGCACUAGUUGGAAACUGGUGGAUGCCUCCUCAAGACAUUGUGGGCCAGGAACGGGUACCGGCGGAUCUACAAGAUGA